AUCACCUUUGCUAUAAAAGUCUUUCAUUUUCCAAUCUCAUCAUCGAAGAAAAAUGGAUCAAAUUAAGCACAAUUACAUCCAAGGCGAUGGGUUAAAGCUCCACGUAGCCGAACUUGGGUCGGAAUCAUCACCUGUGGUGCUUUUCCUUCACGGAUUUCCCGAGAUAUGGUACACAUGGCGCUAUCAGAUGAUUGCCGUUGCAAAUGCUGGUUUCAGAGCUAUUGCACCAGAGUACAGAGGUUACGGACUAUCUGACAUUCCUGCGGAACCCCAAAAUACAUCAUUUGAUGAUUUUGUCAAAGAUAUUGCCACCAUCCUAGCUUCUCUCUCCAUAUCUAAGGUGUUCGUGAUUGGUAAAGAUUUUGGAACACUGGUUGGAUACGUAUUUUCCUUCUUUUAUCCAGAGAAAGUUGCAGGAAUCAUAACAAUUGGUGUGCCAUAUAUACCCCCUCAUGCUAUGCAGCGACUCCAAACCCUCCCUGAGGGUUUCUACAUGAGAAGAUGGCAGGAACCUGGAAGAGCUGAAGCUGAAUUUAGCCGAUUUGAUGCUAAAACAAUAGUGAGGAAAAUCUACAUUUUGUUUUGUAGUAGUGAGGUACCUAUAGCUGGUGAAAACCAAGAGGUAUUAGAUAUGGUGGAAGCAUCGGCUCCUCUACCCUCUUGGUUCACGGAGGAGGAUCUUGAGACCUAUGGUGCUUUGUACGAGAAAUCUGGAUUUGUAACAGCACUCAAAACUCCAUACAGGUCAUUACUAGAGAAAAUUGAACAUCCAGACAAAGAUGUGGAUGAACUGAAAGUUGAAGCUCCAGCACUGUUAAUCACAAGCAAAGGAGAUUUCUCUUUCAACAUCCCGGGAAUGGAGGAAUACAUAAAGAGUGGGACCAAGGAUUACAUACCGAACCUGGAAAUCAUAUACUUACCCGAAGGUUGUCAUUUUGUUCCAGAACAAUUUCCCGACAAAGUAAACGAGCAUUUGCUCAAUUUUCUCAAUCACAACAAAUGUUAGCAGUGUCUACAAACUUCCCAGAUCGUUAAAAUAUGUCAAAUAUACCGACAAUAAAUAAUUUCAACCCUAAUUUAUUUCUCUUGGAUUUGGUUUGUUGUGCUCAAGAGAUCAUCAUGUGAAUACUUUCAAUGUUUCAACUUUCCAUUAUGGUGUAAUAAAUGUCAUCAAACUUUCAACUUCAAAUGUAAUGAAUUAUUGAACUACUACAUUUAUUAU